AUGAAUGAUCAGAUGUUGUUGCUUAUCGUCAAAUCCUUUCUUGAGGAAGUUGCACAACUUGAGCACUUUAUAUCUAAGUGGCUUGACAAAGAUUGUAAAAUAAGGACUUUUCUGCAGCUGAAUAAUAAUGAAAAAGAACAGGUAUGGGUAACCCAUGAUGAAAGAUUAGGACCUUGUGUGCAUAUAAGUGACUUCUUAACAAAAACAGUAGGGUCUCUUAAAGACAGUCAAGAAGAAGCACAUGUUAUGAUAGUAUUAGGAUGUGUGGGUGUUUUUGUCUUCGAUAAUGCUACUUCAUAUACAGCUUUUGCUGAGAAUGCUUUUGUAGUCUCUAAAAUGAAUCUUAGUCUAGGAGGAUCAGCUUCAAAAAUAAGAGAUACAAUAUGGAAUAGUAAUCGUCAGUCGAUGGUUAUUGAAGAAGAUUAUUUU